CACGUUCACACUAUGCAAUUAACUAGUUGUGAAGCUAGUUAAACACAAUUUGUGAUAUAAUGUCAAUUAGUGAUGGCGACAAAGAAAAAGAGCAGUAUUGAUUCUGAUAUACGUAUCUUACUUGUUGGACGGACGGGUCAUGGAAAAAGUUCUACAGCAAAUUCGAUUCUUGGAACAGAAAAGUUUAAGAUAUCAUCCGGAGCCAAAUCAGAAACUUUUACUUCCCAGUGGUCAGGGGUAUUUAAACGAUUUGGAAAAACUAUCGAAGUCGUUGAUACACCUGGUUUAUUCGACACUCAAAAAACUGAGCGUGAAAUACAUAAACAACUCAUUCGAUCACUUCUUCUCACAACGCCUGGUUUUCAUGCAAUCGCGUUUGUGCUCGAAAAAGGUCGGUUUACAGACGAGCUUGUAAAAACAAAGAAUUUAUUUUUCGAUUGGUUUGGCAAAGGUGUGGAGAAAUAUUCAUGUAUUAUUCUAACCAAAACGGAAGACGAAAAAUCUUUAGAAAAAUAUAUUUCGUCUGAUACAACAGAAGGUUUGGACGACUUGAUUAAAAAAUGUGGUGGCAAACUUAGAAUAGCACCAAUCGAAAAUGCAUCACCUGACAUAGAACGAAAAGAAGCGCAAGUUAAACGAAUCUUAGACAUGGUGGAAGAAAUAAAGAGUACUAACAACAAUACCCAUUUUACAAAUGUUGUCUUCCAGUUAGCCACUGUUUAUGCUACAAACUGGUGCUCAGAAGAAAUCUCUAAAAAUUCAAUUUACAUUUUAAUGAAAGCUGGUGUAGAAAUAACUAAAACACAACGUAAAAUGCUUGAAGCCAUAGAAGGUAAUGAUAUGACCAAUAGUAUUCCAAGUGGUCCGGAUUCUGCUAUAGAAAAACAGAAGAUCAACCGAAGAAAAGAUAGACAAGUUGAUAUUAAUUCAGUACACGCCGAGUUUUCGUCUGGUAACAGUGGGGAUAUACCCAACGAUGAUGAUAGUACAGACGUUCCAGACGAUCAAACAGGUAUAGAUUUUGGAACUUCAGAAACGAAAAGUCUACACCAGUUCAAAACAGACUAUUCGAGUGGACGAAGAGAUGAAUCUGGAUUUGUCAAGUUUUGUAGACGUGCAUGGAAUGCUAUCAAGGCGAAAGUCUGUUGUAUUAUAUUAUAGGUUUUUAUGUUUGGAUUUGGAACUUCAUCACGAAUAUAAUAAGGUUAACAUGCUCCAUUUGCUUGCUACACUGUGUAUAUGAUUAUGUACAUACAUGUAUUGUUGAAAUUUAUCCCAGUGAGAUGGAAAAAAAAGUUUGGACAUUAUUAACAGUCGUCCAUGGCCGUGUGGUUAAGUUUGUUGACUUCAAAAUCACUUGCCUCUCACCGAAAAUGCCCGGAUUCCGAUAGAGAAAGAUUACACCAGUUAAAAUAAUUAAAAAGUAAACUCGAUUCAAUUGAUUACAUAAUUUAGCUUCAAAUUACGUUGAAUAAAAUGAGU